AUGGUGUUAUCUGAAGUUGGAGAGAAAUAUGUAGAUGAAGAGGUAAAGAAAGCUUUGAUUGGUAUUAAGCAGAUGAAAAUUAUGAUGGAAAAAAAUGAAGAUAAGCAUGAAGAUCUGAUGAAGACCUUGAAGAAGAGCAGUGAAGAAAAACAGGAAGCUUUGCGAAUUAUGGAUGAAGUAAAGGAAAGAUUAGAAGAAGAAGAAAGACAAUGCCAAGUAUCCUUGAAAAAUCUAUGGGAUGAAUGUGAAUCUUGUUUAGAAAGUACCUGCAUGAGAUUUUCUACAACUUGCAGACAUAGUGUGUCAACAUUUAGAAGCAAGGUUGAAGAUUUUUUGAGGAAAAUACCUACGCUUAUUUUCACAUUUCAUGAAGACCAAGGAAAAGACAUCCAGGUUAAUGAAAAGCCUGAGAAAGAGGAUACCCAGCUAGUAAAAAUGGAAGAUUUAUUUAGCCAACUAUUAUUGGACAUGGGCUCAAUAUUUGACAAAAGUUUCUUUUUUUUCAAGCACAUGCAAAAAGAAUUUGACCAGUCCUUUCAAGCAUAUUUCAUGUCUGAUCUGGAUCUGAACGAGUCCCCCAGCAUGCCUGCUUUACCCGACGACACCACCAGAAGUGAUGGCUUACAGAAAGACUGGGGCAUACCGGGCUUCCUACAGACAGUCUUUGAUUUCAGCAAGACAGUGUUUGAAGGUGUCAGUGAGGUGAUUACUGAAGUAUUUGAUGAAUACAAAGAUAAUAGAAGAGAUUUGACAGAACAAGCCAAAGGCAAGUGUUGGAAAACAAAACUCAACUGCAUGGUCAGUGACAUCAAACCUCUCAGGAUUAAAUACUGUAAUUUCACCCUAGAUUCUGACAGAAGUGGCAUGUUCUCAAAAAUUGUGUCAGGACGUCAAAGAACUCUGUGCAAAGAGCUUCGAGAGAAUUCCUCCGGAUGCACACAGUUUCACGAGAGAUGUCAGAAGUGUCAAGACAAUCUUUUGCAUGAUUGCCCAAAUGUUCCUGAACUGCACAUCAAGUUUGAUGAAGCCUUUAAACUGGUUAAUCUCUCUGGCGAGCAGUAUGAGCAGAUUCUCCAGAUGGUUCAGCGCCAUACAGAAGACACUUCCUACUUGUUGAGCAAGAUGAAAGAAAGAUUUGGGUGGGUCUCUGAGCUAUCCAAUAUGACCAUUGGACCAGAAAACAUUUUCAAUAUAGUUAAGGUGGUACCUGGGGAUCCCUCUGGUGCAAAUGAAACUGUGGUAGAUGUGAAUAUUCUGACUUCGCCUACUUUCACCAUUAAAGUUCCUCCGAACUUAGACCCACAGAGUGCUGAAUUCAUUGAAUACAUAGCUGGAAAAGCACUGCAACUAUACAAGCAGAAUUUUUAAGUGGUAAGUUCAUUCUCUUCUCCUUUUAUAGAGAACACAGUUCUUCAUAAGAGAUGUUUACAUUGCAAUAAACAUUAGAUGGAACAGAAUUCAGUCAUGGUAUGUUCAAGACUGUCUCCUUAGAAACAAUGUAUUGAUUGAGAGACAAACACAAGCGUUACAGAAAACAAAAACAAAUGCUCAAUGUUUCAGCCUGCAAAAUGCAGACAAGAUGAUAUUAAAAGACUUCACUUAUUUAUCUGUGAAACCCUCGAUCUUUAAGUAACAUCUGGGAUGUGGUAAUGUAAUGACAAAUAUUCCGUCAGAAAAGAAUUGCCUCGCAACCACAGUCCAGAGCUUUGGCAUCAGAUACCAUGUCUUCGCCUUCAUUAAUCAAGUACAAACUGAAAUUACCACUAUUCAUUAUGUUUUUUAUUUUAGGUGGUGUUUAAGAGCAUGCUCCAUGUUAUUUUUGACAAUAAAGGACUGAAAAGUUAGAACCAGCAUCUUGACUUGAAAGAGUUGCUUUGCCAUAAAAUUUGCACAUUAGCAGUGCUCUGCUCAGAGUAGCAGUUAACCAAGUCUGCAAUUUGACUUGUAGGAGUGUGCAGAGGAAAAUCCUUCCCACAGCCUUCUAACCAUUUUUGUAAGAAUUGCUCAUGGAGGCCUCACUCCGUGUUUAAGAGAUUUCCAGAUGGGGAGGGAGGAACGAGGCCAGAGAGGCAGGGGCAAACAUUGCUUCAUGUUAUCUCACCCCAUGGGGAAACUCCAGGAAAGAUGGUGUGUUUUUUAGGUGGUAUCAUGCUACUGGUGAUACCAUGCUGCCAUGGGGCUAGCCACAAAACCUGGAGAAAACGUGAGGAGCCUUGUCAUGCACAACUCUGGCAGCCACCUAUGCUCACAAAUGGCACUCCUAAAGGCCAGAGCCACAAGAAGUGCAGACCUACAAGCACUGCAGUGUCCCACGGAUCUGCUGAAGAGGCACUAGACUCAGAGAUGGCUCCUCUUCAGGUCAUUGAGUGUCUGACAGCCUCAUCUUAGCAAAUGAAGCUGGGAAGCAUAACCUCAACGCAUGUAG